AUGUAUCUCGAGACGAUCCUGGCGGCUAGCGGCACGCAGGGAAAUGCCGGAGCAACAUUGGAUGUUCAGCUCGACGAGGCCUGCAAGGCCAACCACACACGAACAGACGAGAGGUCGAGUUGCCAUGGCUGCCUGACCCGCUUUGCCUCUGCCCUUGCUGCGGCCCGCUUCCCUGAACCAUGUGAUGUCACGGUCUCGCGGUGGGGUUGCUCGCAUCGCUGA